UUCGAAUCCUCCGGUGCUUAAUGUUUUUUUCUUUUUGUCUCUUAUGAUUAAAAAAAUAUUUUUUGCAGGUCAUUAUGAUUUAGAAUAUCGAAUUGUUAUUUGUACAAGAGAAAAUGAUGUUUUUGUUUUACGUAAAAACAAUAAAGGAGAUUGCCAUAUAAAUUCUUUUUAUAUUCGAGAACAUCCUUUUAAUGUUAUUUUUUGUUCUAGUCAGUUUGUCUUUGCCACUCGUCGUCGCCGACUUAUUUUUUACAGUCAAAAAUUUCGUCGACAAAAUUCUAUGCAAUUCGACGAAGAUAUUGUUGAUUUGGAACAUUUUUAUUAUGAACCUAAACAGUUUUUUUAG